AUGCUGCAGGCCAGCAGUCCUUCGAAACAUAAUGCCAUGCUUGGGAAGAAAGUGCCACAUUCCACGUCCACGAACUUCAACGACGAUGGCGACGAGUUCCAGACGCCGCCUCCGAAACGGCAGAAACGCGACAUUACCGACUUCGCAGUGAAGGACACUUCCAGAAGUGCAUCGAAGUUCAAGCACAGAGAUGUCAUACCCGACUCCGAUGAAGAUAGCGAGAACGAAAGUCUAGAGACAGAAGUUCGAGUACGGCAGACCGACCUGGAAACAGCGCUGCCCGCCAUCGAGACCGACAAAGAGGCCAUCGAAGCGUAUGAGCAGGCGAGACGUGCCGAACAGUCCGAGACAGGCUUGCAAGAAUGUAUCGAUGGCAACAAGUGGGUGAGAGGCAAAAGCUCCAUCUAUGUCGAUGCUUUCAACCUGGCGCUCGAGACUGUCCUUGAAGAAGAGAGUCACCUCUUUGACGAUGCAGAGCAUGCUGUCUUCAAGCAGUGGCGAGAGCUGAGCUAUGAAGGGCAGUAUCUGUAUGUCAGGUUGUUCUUGAGGAAGACUUCGAGCUGGCAUCGAAUCAAUCGUCUUGGCUACCACAGCGACAUUGCAGAUCUACAGAAUGCAAUAGAUGAGCUCCAGUUGACCAGAGAUCUGCCCGAGGAGCCAUCACAAUCACAGGUUAAUCCAGGCGAACUCGAUCCACCUGAAGGUACAACACUAAGCGGCAACUUCAGCUUCGCAGAUCGGUCGCAAGAUUGCAUAAAAGAUCUAGAAGAGGCAUCCUCAUUGCUACUGCUGGACGAGCUCAAAGUGCUGGCGAAGGAUGCCAAAGUACAGGGCAAGAACAAGCAGGAGCUCUUACGAGCAUUGCGACGAACGAGUGGAAAACAGACCUCUCUGUCGACCUUUGCAGGCUUGAAGCGUUCCGAUACCGAGGAGAGCACAGUAUCCAAUGGCUCAGUCCUGAACGAAGACGACAGUCGAGAGGCUACACCAGGCAGGUUGGAAAACCGUGAUUCCUAUUUCAUCGAGAAGAUCAUGGCCGAGACUGGUCCUUGCAUUCGUCUUUCCUUACCUGCACUCAAGCUCUUUGAGCGUGUUCAUCUAGUCUUCUAUCGAUCGACCGAAUGGACUGAGAAGUCCCUGACCACUAUCAUCCUUGCUCGGAUCGCGAGGCGAAACUUUCCGGAGUACAUUGUCUCGAGAUCAGCAAAGAUCUUUGCAUCCAGGUCAUUACUGCUGGAGUUCGAGGCGUCCGUUCGUACGCAAUUUCGAGUCGACAACAUUCUUGAAUAUCACGGCACGCCGACGAAAGAUACCUUGCAAGUCGUCUUGGACAUCUUCGACGAGGUUUACCCUCGUUGGAAGGUGUUACUUGCAGAGGAACAAAAGAAGGAAGACAGCAUAUACGAGACUGGUGAGGGAGCAUAUCUUCGUCGACUAUCUCCUGCUUGGGUAUACACACGAAUAGUGCACAAGGCUGCUUCCGUAAUGGGCGCCGGCAAGUUCAAGGACCACAAGCGCGAGUAUGACCUACUAUGCGAGCUGCUGAACCAGCGACUAUUCCACAUUGCACGUCGAGGCGAUUGGUAUCAGCGAAAGGCAUUACUCGAGGAGCAUUACAUGCAUCUUCAUCUGCCAUCGCCGCUAAGCUGCAAGGAUGAGGAUGCUAAGAAAAAGCAUUGGAAGCGAAUUGCACUUCAGACCUGCGAAGAAGGUCUGCAGGAUCCAUAUACGCAUCUCAUCUAUCACAGGGAUCUACAGAAGCGUACGACGAAGCUGGAGAAGUCCUUGAAGAUACCUAAGCGACAACAGCAUGACUUCGAUCACGUCAGGUUGGCCAAGGCAGAAGAGCGGACCUUCGAAGGCGUUCGCAUCGAGCGCACUCCGAACAGUAGCAGGCGCAAUAGCGAACAGAACCUGAAGACUGGCUAUCGUGGUGCGAAAACUAUCUGGCUUGAUCCAGAUCCAGCUUGCAAUCUGAAUGCAGCAAUAAAGCCGAAUUCCGAUGUCAAAGACGAAGACGGCGAGGAUAUGAAGCCACCCACGGAGCUCGAGGCUGAAUGCAGUGUUGAGGAGAUGUGUCUUUCCUCAUACCGGGCUCUUGGCUGGAAAGGAUACCACAGCGAAGGCCGUGUCCUUCGCACAUUGUUCGCAUACCUCUUCUACGAUGUGAUCUUCCUAUACAUACCGAAUGUCUUUCAGACAGCAUACCAAACCUGCCCAUUGGACCUACACAGUGAUGCCUUUUACCCAAGCAGGAUCUCCGAAGUCAACGCCCGUCUUAACGAUAUCAGCAAUGGCGAGGCAGGACAACUCAUUCAGCGAUUGUGGGAUGAACACAGCGAGAGGAAGACUUGUGUGGUCGGACUGGACUGGACGUAUGCGUUGGAGGAUCUUCUCGAGAUUGCUCGAUGCUUUCCGCCUGCGGCCCUGAGUACCGUGAUGAAGACUAUUGUCCAGGAGUAUGGACAGCGUGGCGGAGGUGUCCCGGAUCUGUUUCUAUGGAAGCUGGAUGAGAACAGUAAGGGAAAGGUCAUGUUUGCUGAGGUCAAGAGCGAGAAUGAUCGGCUGAGCGAUACUCAGCGGAUGUGGAUUGAUGUUCUCUCUGGUGCUGGAGUCCCCGUUGAGCUGUGCCAUGCUGCUGCAAAGGAAGUCAGGGUACGGUCUUGA